AGUGCUAGGAUUACAGGUAUGAGCCACCGCACCUGGCCAAGUUUGUUUUUUUUUUUAAAGGGGUAAUGUUACUCCUCUACUUGUCUCUUGGUUCGUGUUUUCCCAACUAGUUUUUUGCCAUCUUUUGAUUUUCCAUAUUUUUGGUUCACAGUGUUUUACAAUGAAUAGAUUUUCAUGGAGUAGUUACUGAAGGCUGACCUAGUGCUAGCCUUAUGCUGGGCUCAGUGUAGGGGGAGUUAGAAGAUCCUGCCUCAGGCCCUUCCCCCCUUCCUGCCCCAACCUCCACAGGAGGAUCAUAGUUGGGGAGAGAGACCCACCCAAGACGAUGACCCAGAGUGGCCAGGGAAGAGGGAACCCAGAGGUCCUCUCUGGGCAGGUGGGUGAUUUCCAGGAAGGGAGUUGGGGAAGGCCUCUCCAUUAAAACUGCAUUUGAACACAGACCUGAAUGCAGUAAGGAAUUGAGCCUUGCAGAGCGUGAAUGUAUUGCUGUUGGUGGGAACAGCAAACGCAGAGACCAGGGAAGGCAAGAGCCCGGUGACUGUGAGGAAUAGAUAGCAAUGAGCCCACCGUAUGGACGCCCUGGGUGAAGCCUGACCUGGCCUAGGGGGAUUGGGGGUGUCAGCUUCCUGGAGGAGGGGUGGUCAAGCUGAAACCCCAGGGAAUAUAUAGUGAAACAGUAGGGCACAGUGACUGGGAAAUCAGAUUCCCUGGCUUCAUAUCCCUGCUCCAGCUCACACCCCAGCUCUGUGGUCAGGAGACCUGCCCUGCGUGUUUCUUCAUCCAUACCAUGGAAACGAUCACUGCUACCGGGGAUCAGAUGGGGCCUGAGUAUUCUAUGUAUGCCAGAUCAGGUGCCCACUAGGGUGCACUGGGGUAUUGCCUGCGGGGCGGAGGAGUGGGGAGGGAUGCCACUGGACAGGUGGGGUACCUGGGUGUUUUCCAGAGGGCACUGGGGAGCCAUGGCAGGUUCUCACCAGGAUAGGGACGGGUUCAGGUUUAUAGGAUUGUGCUUUAACAGGACUUUCCUGGCUGCUCUUUUGUAUUAAGCGAGGCAGGCUUGGGGCGCCCGUUUGGAAAGGAUGGACUGGCAGCUCUGAAUGGCUACACGGCUUGAGCCUUGAAUGCCAGGCCCAGAGGCUUGAUUUCUGUUGCCGUGAGAACCUUCGAAGGGUUCUGUCCAUUUGUUUUUCAGGGUGGGGCUAUCCCAAUGCCAAAUUCCCCCCGCGGAAAUCCUCAGCACCCCACCCCCCGCCCCUCAUAGUUCCCAACUAAAGCGGGAUACUCUGAUCUCUCCGCCUGCUUCCUUCCGCCUUGGUGUUCUUAAUCCCCGGGCUGCCUGGCCCUUUAAAUCUCAAUCGUCAAUCAGGGCUUCUGUUCGAGGGAACGUGGUGUAAUAAGCCUCCCCUGGAGUGCCGUGGCCUUUGCCCUGACCUUGUUCCGUUUAGCUGGACGUUGAGAGUUGUUCCACGCUCCCUUGCAUCCGGCUGUGUCUACCCCACCACCCACUCCCGUCACCUCUCGCCUACUCCUCCCUAUUUCGAAGUUGGGCCCCUUCGCCAAGGCCUGCCUUAUAUGGGCACUGCCCCGAAUGGCGGCCGCUCAUUGGCUGAGGGCGUCACGCGCGCGUCUGUCAACAAAGGGGCGGAGGGAAGCUAGUUGCUCCCCUGCCCGCGCGGUGGCCGGAGGGAAGGAGCGAGGGGGCGGGCCCUCUUACCUUUCGUGCGCAUGCGUGUGGGCUGCAGCCUUCUCCCGCCGCCUGGGGGGGCUGCGGGUGAGGGCUCUUUGGGGGCGUGUAUAGGUUUCGAGGGUCACCUGAGGGGUUUGGAAGGUUUCUUUGGCGGGGCGGUUACAAGAUUUGGGGGUUCCCUUUGCAUUGCAAAAUGUUCUGGGGCUUGGGGAAGUUUUAACGUGGGUUCAAGGGAUACUUUUGGGGUUCCUUUGCGCCUAAGGGGCACCUUGGAGUUUGGGUUCGUUUGUAAUGCGGAAGGUUCGGUUGUGUUCUCGGGAUCAGGUUCCCUUUGUGUUUUGGAGUGUUUGUUGGGCAUAGGAUUUGGGGAGCUCCGGGAGAGACAGAAGCAAAGAGCCCGAGAGUACCAGUUCUAGAGCUGGAAUGUCUGGGCUUGCAUCUUGACUUACCUGUCUGAACCCGGACAGGAGAUUUCAUCUGUGUCUCAUCGGGAACUAGGCAUUGAUAACACUACCUGCUUCCUAGGGACCGAGGAGGAUUAGCAGGAAUUGUUAGCGCAGUACCUAACAAGCUCGCAGCGAGUGUGCAGUAAGCACAUGUCUGCUAUUGUAACAUUUGUGAGGUGUCUUUGGGUUGGUUUUUUUUUUUUGGCUUUGUGAAACAUUUUUAAGGUUUAAGAUUCAUCUUAAAGUGUUAGAGAGCUUUUGUGUUUUCAAAGAGUUCGUCUGCUGUUGGAGGGCUUCUAGUGGAAUUAGAAGAUAAUGGAGGAGGGUUGGGGGGAGUAUAGGAUUCCGGGAGAGUGGUUGUUUAUGACAUAGGCUGGGGAAUUGCUGUGUUGGGAUCUGUGAGAGAUUGAUUGAGAUUCGGCCCUUCAGUACUGGCGAGGAUAUUUUUAGGUUCGGUGGUUUAAAGUAGUAUUUGGAAGGUUUUCGAUAUUUGGGGGAGGACAUUGAGAUGCUGGAGGUAAGGUUGGAACUGAUUAGGGGACUUGAGUGGGUGGCCAAGUUGUAGCAGGAUGGCAUCUGUAGAGACUGGGUUUUGCUGUGUUAGCCUGCCUCUCUGGGCAGUUGGAUAUACAGGUCCAGUACCGCUUACCUGAAAAGCUUGGGACCAAAAGUGUUUCGGAUUUUGGAUUUCUUCGGAUUUCGAGUAUUUGCAUUAUACUUACCAGUUGAUAUGCCAAGUCUGAAAAUCUGAAAUGCUCCAAUGAGCAUAUCCUAUCAGUGUCAUCUUGGCACUCAAAAAGUUCUGAAUUUGGGAGCAUUUUGGAUUUUCAGAUUUGAGAUGCUCAACAUGUAUGUGAAUUGGUGGUUGGUAAACAGCCAUCUAUAUGUUUUGGAGGCUAUGGAGUGAUGUUUUUAACACUGAACUGAGAUUACAGCAGGGACUGCUGGAGUGCAAUGGCAAGAUCUCAGCUCACCACAACCUCCGCCUCCCGGUUCAAGCAAUUCUCCUGCUUCAGCCUCCUGAGUAGCUGGGACUACAGGCUCGCACCACCACGCCUGGCUAAUUUUUGUAUUUUUAGUAGAGAUGGGGUUUUGCCAUGUUAGUCAGGAUGAUCUCGAAUUCUGACCUCAGGUGAUCCGCCUGCCUGGGCCUCCCGAAGUACUGGGAUUACAGGUGGCAUGUGGAGCCUCCCACCACCACCUAGGUCCUGAGAUGUGGUGAAGCCCAGCCCGUCUGCCGUCAUCCCCCAGCAUGGACCGCGGAAGCCUCCUGCCCUUCCAGCUAUGGUGCCCCCGGCCCUUUGGCACCUACUCACAGAACCAGCCGCGCACGCCUUCUGCGGCCCUCAAGCCAUCAGCCUGCCCUGAGCCUGGCGGCGGGGCCGAGCCAGACCAUGGGCCUGCCCACUCAGAGAACACACCACCUGCCUUGGCCACCGAGGUCCCUGCCUCCCAGCCGGCUCCGCUCCUCUCAGCAGCAGCUGCUGGUGAUGAGGGUCGAGUCCUCCUGGACACCUGGUAUGUCAUCAAGCCCGGGAAUACAAAGGAGAAGGUGGCCUUCUUUGUGGCCCACCAGUGUGGUGGGGGCAGCCGGGCCAGCUCCAUGAAGGUCAAGGGGCACUGGGGCAGUGAUAGCUCCAAGGCCAAGCGGAGGAGGCGCUGUCUUGACCCCACCAAAGCUCCUCCUGACCCAGGGGGCCGGGAGGGCCCGGCCGCCUCUGAGGAGGGCCCUGCCUCAGCCAGUGAGGACGUGGACCUGCUCUCUGUGGCCGAGAUGGUGGCCCUCGUGGAACAGCGGGCGGCCCUGGCCCUGCAGAGCUACCCACGACCGGCCACCCCAGCGCCUGUAGUUUUUGUGUCCGCGGAGCAGGGUGGACCGGCCAAGGGGGUGGGGUCUGAACGGCGGUCCGGUGGAGGGGACUGCAGCCGUGUAGCGGAGGCCGUGGCCCACUUUGAGGCGCAGAGGGACAGCCCUCCCACCAAGGGCCUCCGCAAGGAAGAGCGACCCGGGCCAGGCCCUGGGGAGGUGCGCAUCGCCUUCCGCAUCUCCAAUGGCCGGGAGCCCCGUGCACCAGACAGCGGCCUGCCCACUGGGGGCGGGGGCAGGCCUGGUUGUGCCUACCCUGGCAGCCCAGGUCCUGGGGCCCGAGCCAAGGACAAGAUCACAUGUGACUUAUACCAGCUCAUCAGCCCCUCGCGGGAUGCCCUCCCCAGCAACGUGGAGUUCCUGCUGGCCAGGGCGGAUGAGGCCAGCGAGGGUGAGAGCCCGGCGCCCGCCAGGCCUGAGGACACUCCCCCGGCGCCCCCUCCGCCCCCUGCCCGGGACUGCGGAGCGUCAGGCUUCCACGUGGACGUGGUGGUGACGGGCGUGGUAGAUGAGUGCAUCUUCUUUGGCAAGGAUGGCACCAAGAACGUGAAGGAGGAGACUGUGUGCCUGACGGUCAGCCCAGAGGAGCCGCCGCCUCCGGGCCAGCUCUUCUUUCUCCAGAACCGCGGGCCGGACGGGCCCCCGGAGCCACCCCCAGCAGACUCCCCGGCCACCGCGCCCGGCCCAGACGAUGCCGAGGGCACGGCGGACACCUCCCUGUGUCGCCUGUACCGGCACGUGUCUCACGACUUCCUAGAGAUCCGCUUCAAGAUUCAGCGGCUGCUGGAGCCGCGACAGUACAUGCUGCUGCUGCCAGAGCACGUGCUGGUCAAGAUCUUCAGCUUCCUGCCCACGCGCGCGCUGGCCGCCCUCAAGUGCACCUGCCACCACUUCAAGGGCAUCAUCGAGGCAUUCGGCGUACGGGCCACAGACUCGCGCUGGAGCCGAGACCCGCUCUACCGCGAUGACCCGUGCAAGCAGUGCCGCAAGAGAUACGAGAAGGGCGACGUGUCGCUCUGCCGCUGGCACCCCAAGCCCUACCACCAUGACCUGCCUUACGGACGUUCCUACUGGAUGUGCUGCCGCCGAGCCGACCGCGAGACGCCCGGCUGCCGCCUGGGCCUCCACGAUAACAACUGGGUGCUGCCCUGCAAUGGGCCGGGCGGAGGCCGGGCAGGCCGGGAGGAGGGGAGGUGAAGCCGGGGGAGGGGAGGGGAGAGCCCACCACGCCCACCCCUCCCCUCUCUCCCGGGAGCCGAGGGUCCGGACUGCGCCGCCUGCCCAUUCCCCCACUCCAGGCAGCAUUGAUCCCCCACUGGAACUGAGCUGGGGUUCAGCAGGGGUGACCCAGGAAGGCACUCUGCUUGAUCCUGUUGAUUUUCUACUCUUCAGAACCAGGGCCGUGGACCCUCUGAGAAGGGUGUUUUUUUUAUCAGCAUCUCACUUUAUUCUCCAUUCAGCCCCAACCCCCUUCCCUGCCACGCUCUCCACCCCAGGGACCCACCAGCAGGGAGCAGACGGCAGCUAAUUUUGGUAUCACGUAAGGGUUCCCCCAUUCUGGCCCCCAUCCUCUCCCUCACCCCAAUUCUUUCUCGCUGGAGCUGUUAUUUCCCAAGAGGCUGCAUCGCCCAAGGUUGGCACCUCUCCUAACCUGCCACACCACCGCUCUCACCUCUCUAGGAAUUGGGGGCUAUCAGGUCACAGGUGGGAGCUGGCAUUUUUUCAUGACAGUUCACCAUUUCUGGAUGGUUUGCCUAUUAAAGAAGUGAGGGGAAAAUAACUGUUUUCUCCUUAACCUCAAGCUACCAGUCUCUCCUCUUCCCCACAGAGGAAGAGGGGGGCAAAAAAAAAAAAAAAAAAAAAAGCUGAAGUAUAAAAAUCCUCCUCGUCCCGUUAUUAUUUAAGCUACUGCCAUCAACCCCACCCCCAUGAAGCUGUGAAGCCCUUUGCCUCGCUUUUGACAGCGUGGGGGGGCCCCGUGGGCAGGGACUUCGGAUUUGCAUUUCUGGGUUGUUUUUCCUUCCACUCUGGGCUCUCAUUCAGGCAUUGGGGUCUCCUCACCCCGGCCACAUGUUUCUUUAAGAAUCCUUUGGUCAACCAAGACCUUGAUUUUUCAGGCAUUUUGGUCUGGGGUAUUUUUGUUUGUUCUCUCUGUUUUUUGUUUUUUUCUUUCCAUCAUUGUGGUUCUGGAAGCUUCUAGCGUGUGGCAUCUGACCAAUUUUGAAUUGGUCCUUUCUAUAAAAUCAAUAUUUAUAAGGC